UCUUGAAUCACCCAAUAACGAGGUGUGCCGGGACGCUAUGCAAAUAAUGUGUGUUUUAUUGGGCACUGGCUCUCCGGAGUCCCACCCCACCCUCGCCUGAGGAAAUGGACAGAAUUUUUGCCAACGCCUUGAAGGGUGGAAUUAGCAGCACGCUCUUGAAACUGCCUCUGGAGAUGGAAUCCAGCGGAAUUCUCGAAAAUAAGAGGGGAGCACGCACUGAUCUCCAAGCGCAGUUUGUCCAUGUUAGUCUUGCACGUCCUUGACUCCAGUCAGCCACCGUAGGCCCCGCCACCGGCCGUGCACUUUCCUUCGAUCCUUUGGCCAGUAGCUUAGCGCUUGCUCACGAACUUGCUUGCCUGCCUGGCCCACCCAGAGUCCCACCUUCUAGUCCGUCUUCCCCCUCCGCAGGCUUUGCCAGCCGCCACUGCGCAUGCUUUCUGACGCCCCCUCUGGUCCAGCGUGGGAGGAGGGGAUGGAAAUGAGGUUGGGCCGAGCAGCUUGCGCGCGCUCCCUUCCUUGCCCUCCCCCGUCGCCGGACUGUGCAACUCCGUGGGGCCGAGGGCAGUGCAGCAGCGACGACGGCAGCUGCGGCCCUGGCCGCGGCGGGAGGAGCCCGAAGCCCCGCCCCCGGGGAGGGGCCGUCCUGCAGGUUCCUGUGCCAGCAAGAUGCUGGAAGGAGGCGCGGAGUCCAUGGCCGGGGCCACGGAUCCUAGUCCCACUGGCAAGGAACCAGUGACCAAAGAAGCUCCCCACCAGGGCCCACCGCAGAAGCCCAGCCAGUCGUCUGCGGGCGCGCCUCCCCGGCCCCGCCGGCGGCCCCCACCCCAGCGCCCACACCGGUGCCCGGACUGUGACAAGGCCUUCUCGUACCCGUCCAAGCUGGCCACGCACCGCUUAGCACACGGCGGCAUCCGACCCCACCCAUGCCCAGACUGCCCCAAGGCCUUCUCCUACCCCUCCAAGCUGGCAGCUCACCGCCUCACGCACAGCGGCGCCCGCCCACACCGGUGCCCACACUGCCCGAAGGCCUUUGGCCACCGCUCCAAGCUGGCGGCUCACCUCUGGACCCACGCGCCCACCCGCCCCUAUCCGUGCCCCGACUGCUCCAAGUCUUUCUGCUACCCUUCCAAACUGGCGGCCCACCGCCACACCCACCACGCCACCGACGCCCGCCCCUAUCCUUGCCCGCAUUGCCCCAAGGCUUUCUCAUUUCCCUCCAAGCUGGCCGCCCAUCGCCUAUGUCACGAUCCCCCCACUGCACCCGGCAGCCAGGCCACAGCCCGGCACCGAUGCUCCAGCUGCGGCCAGGCCUUUGGCCAGAGACGCCUCCUGCUCCUUCAUCAACGGAGCCACCACCAGGCGGAGCGCAAGGGGGAGAGAGACUGAGUCCUCCCUUGGGCUCACUGUCCCCUUCUGCCUCUAGCCCUCGCCAGUAAGAGGUGGGAUUUCUAAGCCCGGCUGUAUGAGCUCGCCUCUUCCAGACAGCUGGCAGGGCAAGGGAUUGGCCAUUUAUACUGGGCUCAAACUCAAAAGCCCGAGGAACUGUUUGCUCCCCUGCAUUGGGGAGAAUAAAGCAUCAACCACACUUUUAGCACUGGGUCUCAAACCACAGACGUGAAGCUGUGGUUUGACAGCGCCAGCUCUGCUUCUCCCCACACACUUACAUGUCAAGGGUAAAAAAGUCUCCUACGACUGUAGGCUGAUGAGGAUUGUGGGCAAACAGGCUCUCUUGUUGUUACAAGUUUAAAUUGGUGUCUCUCCUUUGGCCGUAUGACUGUAUCUAAGAAACUGAAAAUACAUACAUGUUUGUUUCAACUCUUCCACUUCUAGGAAUUUAUUCUAUAAAUUCGUGCAUGUGGAAAAAAAACAUGUAUAAGGGUGU